AUGCAGCAAAAGCACGCCUUCUACGAGCAACAGCUCGAGGACCUCCACUGUAACAUCUUUAUGCUGCAGGAGGCCAAGCCACCAGUCAAAGCCGAGUCGGAACGGCUCCUUGUCCUAGAGGUCGCGGUCGCUGAAGGCCGUAUAGCUCUGGUCUCAGCUCAUUGCCCUCAUGCUGCACGGCGCGAGGAGGCUGCGACUUUCAUCCAGGAGUUUGUGCGGCUUCGACACGCACAGCUGAUCAUCGUCGGCGCGGACCUCAAUUGUCGCCUACCUUGCUAUAGGGCGAAUGUCACGGGUGGGCUCAGCUGCGGAGAGCCCGAUGACAUCGGAGAGCAAAUUGCCAGAGUUUGCGAGCGAGAGGGCUUGUGGGCCCCCUCUACGUUCAAGGAGCUCCACCGCGGCGACAGCUACACCUACAGACACCCGGGUGGAGGGGCCCACCGCCUGGACUACAUCCUGCUCGGGGGCCGGACGAAGCCGACCUGUCUGAGGAGCGAGGUGGCGUACCAGUUUGACACCCUCAACCCCAACGAGGACCACCCCCCUGUGAAGGUCCAGAUCGAUGGUGAAUGGAAGCGAGGCUGCCGCCGGCGACUCCGACGAGCGCGAUACGACAGAGAGAAAAUGGCGACACCGGAGGGCAAACAGAUUAUCGCGGCAAGCAUGCGCAACUACGCCCCGCCAGCAUGGGGGGUACAUCCGGACCAACACUACCAGCACCUCCUGGACCACAUCCACAACAUGAUGGACCGCCACUUUGCGAAGGCCAAUGACGCGCCACGUGCGUCAUUCGUGCCCUCAUGGAUCUGGGACACGCGGGCUGCCAAACUACGGCUCAAGGAAGCGACCCGCCAUCAUCGCGAGGGCCGCGGCUCCCUUCUCAGAGCAGCCCUGGUCUGCUGGAGAAUCGAGGCAGGCGGAUGGAUUUUCGAGCGGGUGGCGCACAAGCACCACGUCCUCUACGGCCUCUACUCGAUGCGGUGA